UGCAUGGCACCCAUUCAAGUGCACACAGGACAGCACGGUCUACUUCAGCCAUAGUAAACCACCUCGGUGCUGCCAGAAUGCACACACAUUCUUUAACACUAAUUAGGAACAAAGUCCAAUUUGUGUUUAUGUUGUCUGGUUCCUUACGGAGAAGGUGGGGGGACCCAUUGUUGUUCUCCAGCCUGGGGGUAAGGGGAAUUGAGAGCUCUAACUCACCACUCUGUGCUUUUACUCCCCACGCACAGGACAGAAUGGCAAAGCGGAUUCAAGCACGGAGGCUGGAGGAAGUGGAUGAAAACAUUUGGGUGGAGUUUGUCAGCCUUGCUGCUCAGUAUAAAACUGUGAACCUGGGACAAGGGUUUCCAGAUUUUAAUCCUCCAAAAUUCGUAAGAGAAGCCUUUGCAAAAGCCAUCACCGAGGACCACACCUUGCUUAACCAGUAUACCAGAGCCUUUGGACACCCUCCUUUGGUGAAGGUUCUAGCCAAGCUGUUUGGCCAACUGCUUGGAAGAGAGCUAGACCCUCUUUCCAAUGUUCUGGUGACAGUGGGCGCAUAUGGGGCUCUUUUUUCUGCUUUCCAUGCUCUGGUGGAUGAAGGUGAUGAGGUCAUCAUCAUAGAACCAUCAUUUGACUGCUAUGAACCAAUGACGAAAAUGGCCGGAGGGCGAUGUGUGUAUAUUCCCUUAAGACCUAAGCCUACAGAUACAGGACAACUACACAGUAGUGGGGACUGGAGGCUGGACCCUGCAGAGCUUGAAUCGAAGAUCACCAAAAACACUAAGGUUCUUGUGUUAAACACUCCAAAUAACCCACUGGGAAAAGUGUUCAUUAAGGAGGAGCUGGAGGAAAUUGCCCACAUCUGUGUGAAAUAUGAUAUAUUGUGCUUCUCCGAUGAAGUUUAUGAAUGGCUGGUCUAUGACGGCAAACAACAUAUCCGAAUUGCUAGCCUGCCAGGAAUGUGGGAACGUACCAUCACUAUUGGAAGUGCAGGGAAGACUUUCAGUGCCACAGGAUGGAAGGUUGGCUGGGCUUUUGGGCCUGAUCAUCUUCUUAAACACCUCAGAACAGUCCAUCAAAAUUCUGUGUAUCACUGUGCAACUGGAGCCCAGGAGGCAGUAGCCCAGGGAUUUCAGAAAGAGCUGGAAAGGCUAGGACAGCCUGACUGUUACUUUAUACAACUCCGGAAUGAGCUGCAGAAGAAACGUGACCGACUUUACCGUUGCCUUAUAGAGGUGGGGAUGAAACCUGUAUUGUCCCAAGGCUCUUACUUUAUGAUUGCUGACAUCUCCCGCUUCAAAGCCGAGGUUCCACCUCCCUCUGACAACACUGUCCCUUAUGAUAACUACUUUGUAAAGUGGAUGAUGAAAAAUAAACAGCUAGCAGCAAUCCCUGUAUCUGCGUUUUACAGUGGUCCGCAUAAGACACAGUUUGACAACUACAUCAGGUUUUGCUUUGUUAAAGAGGACACUACUUUGGAUGCUGCUGAGGAGAUACUACGGAAAUGGAGCAAUGAGUUAUCUGGACAAAAGAAACUGUAGUCAACGAUGACUCUAUUAAGCUGAUGCAGCUUACAACUAUAAGAAGACUGUCUCUGACUACUAUCUGAUUUCAGUACGGUAGUCCUGUACUGCACCUUGAAUGAAUGAAUGAAUAAUGCUACUGUUAGGCCUGUAGUCCCUGGUGAAGACCAUGUAAGUCAAAUAAAGGAUUGCGGACUCUUAUCUUUAUUUACUGACAUAUCUAAGUUAUA